AUGGAGAGCAAACCGGUGAUCACCUGCCUCAAAACCCUGCUCAUCGUCUAUUCCUUCGUGUUUUGGAUAACAGGAGCCAUCCUGCUGGCAGUGGGAAUAUGGGGGAAGUUGAUGCUGGGCCCGUAUAUAUCGCUAAUAGCCGACAACUCCACCAACGCGCCCUACGUCCUCAUUGGCACCGGGACCGUCAUCAUCGUCUUCGGCUUGUUUGGAUGCUUUGCCACCUGCAGAGGGAGCCCAUGGAUGCUGAAACUGUACGCCAUGUUCCUGUCUCUGGUCUUCCUGGCUGAGUUGGUGGCGGGGAUCUCUGGAUUCGUCUUCCGCCAUGAAAUAAAGGGAACCUUUUUGAGGACAUAUAGGGAUGCUGUGUUGAACUAUAAUGCUGAGAAUGAGGCAAGCCGUGCUGUUGACAACCUACAGCAAAAUCUGCGUUGCUGUGGAGUGUAUAACUACACCAGCUGGUUGGCUAGUGUGUAUUACCCCACCAAUGGCUUUCCUCCCAGCUGCUGCUUCAACUCCUCCGACUGCAACCCACAAGACCUCCGCAACACCACCGUCGGCCCGAACAAGGUCUACCACCAGGGUUGCUACGAGUUGGUCACCUCGUUUAUGGAAACCAACAUGGCCAUCAUUGCAGGGGUGACGUUUGGCAUUGCCUUCUCACAGCUGAUUGGCAUGUUGCUGGCAUGCUGCCUGUCCAGGAUCAUCACAGCCAAUCAGUAUGAGAUGGUGUAGCUGACGUACUGGGGCGGGGGAUCGAACGAGAGAGGGCAGAUUUUUACCUUGACGAAAGAGGAGUGGAGGGUUACAGAAUGCUAGCACAAGGGAAUUUACCUCUCUCUCUCUCUCUCCC